AUGCUGUGGUUCUACGUCAAAAUCGCGCCAUUUGGGCUGCGCAUGUACCACGGCUACUUCAUCUCUCAUAAUCGCGCCAAAGAUGCCAGCCUCGAUCUUGCCUACGGACCCCUGCCACGAAACAGGGUUGAUGUGUACACCCAGCCCACCACAAAGCAGGACCUCAAUGCCAUUCCAGAUGUCGCCCAAGAGUGUGCCGUGCUCGCACCGAUGGUCGUCUUCAUCCACGGCGGGGCGUGGUCUUCGGGCGGGAAGCACCAGUAUGGCACGCUGGCCCGGGCGCUGCAGGCGCGAGGCCUGGCGGUGGCCGUGGCCAACUACACCCUCCACCCCGCGGGUCAGGUCCAGCAGAUGGUGCGCGACCUCGCACUCCUCUUCAAGUUCAUCGAACGCAAUGCGCACUCCUUUGGCGCCGACCUCAGGCGUGUGUAUGUGGUCGGCCACAGCGCUGGGGCGCAUCUGUUGGCGCUGUACAUGGCGCGACUGGCCCUGCUCAAGCAACACGGCGAAGAGAUCGGCCUUGGCGAACACUACCGCUCGUUCUUAGACGACACCCACCUGCUGUCCGACAUCACCAUACAAGCGUUCGUGGGCAUCGGCGGCCCCUACCACAUCGCCGACCACUAUGUGCACGAAUCGAGCCGCGGCGUUGAGAACCUGUCGGCCAUGAAGCCCGCAAUGGGGGGCAUUCCCAACUUUGACCAUCACUCGCCCACGGCUCUGCUCAACGAGGCGGAGCUGCAACCCGGCGCACUGCCGCCGACCUAUCUCCUCCAUGGCACUGUUGACGGUACGGUGCCGAGCAGCUCGAGCGUGAAGUUUGCCGAGGCGCUCAAGAAGGGCGGACACGAUGUCGAGUUGCACCUGGUGGAGGGCGUGGGCCAUUCGGAUUUCAUCUUGCACCUCAUGAACGACCGAUCGACCCAGCAUCAAGAGAUGAUGGACCACCUCGUCUCCCUUCUCCUCCGGCCCACUGGCGACCAAAGUUGA